AUGGCCACUUCGAUACCGCCACUUUCUACUGUCAUUGGUAAGACGAGUGCCUUAGAUUUAGGCGAGCAUUCUCAACUAAAUCCCAAAGCACCGGCACAGCUACUCUCUCGUCAGUUGUCUCAGCCCGACUGCUUUUCUUGCUCUUCUAAUUCGGGAGCGCUAGACGAGAGCGAGCAUUGCAAAGACUCUGAUAUGGGCCAUGUUGAAUCACAUGAGUUUGCUUGGUAUCGCGUCAUGCCUGCCCGGCAUGGCCGACGGCGCCGACUUCAAAGGAUCAAGGGGGGAGAUAUUACAUUAGAAUCAAUUUAUGACUGUCCUCGCAUUUACCGUUGCUCAGUCGGUCAUAGAUCUGACGGACAGCGUCCACCAACGGGCCUUAAUGACCUGGUCGACGACGACGAAUGGAGUCUCCUGUUGAGAAAGUUUCAAGCCUGCAGAGCCUACCUUGUUGCCCAGCUCGCCGAAACUCAUCUUGCACUAUGCAAAAACAACAAAACCACUGUCGCUGCACAUUUAGGUCCUAUUUUUAUCUCUGGUCUUCUUGCUCAGCUUGCUGAUGCUUUAAACCAACUUCCAUGCUCCCCAGUUCCUCUUGCUGGAGUCGAUAUCCUUUGUCUUGGUUUGGGAAACCCA